UUUUAAUUUACAGCUAUAGUGGAGUGAAUCAGCUGCCGCAAACACUGGUGUUGGUAACGGGAAGCUGCAGCAGUCCUGUGUUCUCUGUCUGUUGGGUUCUAAACGUCAGCGCCUCCGCGAAGAGACCAGAUACCAAGAUAUGGCUGGACAGCAAUGAACUUACACCCAUAGGAAGUAAAGGCAAAAUGGUGUCGUUGAUGGUAACGACACUGGAUGUACACAUAUUACGCGCGGACUAUGAAGGAAUCUCCCAUGUGUGGAACUUUUCAGUUGUUUCCAAUUCCAUCAAUGUGAGCAGUGCGCACAGAACUGCGUAUCUCCCCUCCAGCAGAAGUGGGGGCAGGUAUUUCAACUCGUAUGGAAGAAUGCCACGGGACUCCACUCUUGCCCAUGCACUUAAUGAGCUGGAAAACCAUUGCUUGACCUGGGAAGCUCUCAAGACAUUCCAGCCAAAUGAAGUGUUUCCCUGUGAAAACGACACUCAUUAUCUCUACCAAAAGGAGGACUUUAUCAUUGCACUUGGCCACACCCACCGCUUUCCACUGAGGGCGGAGUCUCGGGGUGCCUCCACGCUAUUGGUCUCCUGGCAAGGGAGCCCCCGUGUCCCCCCCGACCCCCUGCACAGAGUGGCGCUGUACCGGCCGGACCUGGACGGCCUGGCGGUCCUGUGCAACGAGACCACGCGCAGGUGGCACUACCGAUUCGCUGGCCUGGACGGCUGCCGGAGCUACGUGGCGUGUGUGGAGAUGGCGCUCGGCCCCGCGGUCCUGUGCCUCACUGCGCUGACCGAUCCUGACGUGCCCAGGAACUUCAGGGUGACCGCUUGGGACAGCAACAGCGUGACCGUGGGAUGGGACUGCCCCCCGAGCGACCCCGCCUCGGGCCUCACCGCCUUCCUGCUCACGGUCUUCCACGUGGACGGCUCUGGCCACGUCCUGGAGGAGAGGAGCUUCAGACACACGCUGGGCAGCCCGGUGUUCACCGUGGGCAGCUUGCCUCCCUGUAGCAGGGUGCAGCUGGGGCUUCAGGUGGUGUGCCAGUCUGUGGGCCAGUCUACGGGCCAGUCUGUGGGCCAGUCCCGCCUCAGCAGGAUGGUCCUCAGCGAUGGAAACUCUGCAAACUCUGAAAUCAUAAACCUACACCAGUCCUCCUUUGGCUCCCGCAACUAUACGGUGAGCUGGUCUGUGCAGAACAUCUCCUCCAUCUCCAGCUUUAAGGUGUACCACCAGGGGGAGCUCCAGAGCUCCACGCUCCUCACCUGGCACACAGUGACAGGCCUGCUUCCCUGCCACCAGUACAGCUGCAGGGUGGAAGCCCUGUGUGGGGACAGCACGGUCAUGAGCGUUAGCACCAUCCAGACAAAAACAGGCCCUGGUGAAGUGUUGGAUCUCCGAUUUAGGCAGAAGGACUCGAUAGCCCUGUGGAGCGGCAGGUCUGGGGUGGGCGUGGCCUUCUUGUACCGCCUCUCUGAGAGGGGCGGCCCGAGCGUCCGGAAGGGGAGGCUGGCAGGCCCCCCCCUGCCUCUGCCGGGCCUGAGGCCUGGCUCCCCGUAUGACCUGGAGGUGGUGCCAGAGUGCGAGGGUGGCGAGCGUGGAGCUCCAGCUGUGCUCUACUUCAUCCCAGAGGAAGUCCCUGGCAGUGCCCCCAACGAUGCCCCUGGAGACAUCCUGCUACCCAGAGUUGUUGACUCUGCAGACCAAACAACAGAUCGCCUCGGACUGCAGGUUCAUCUCCCCAGCCAUGAAAUGUUCCUUGUUGUGCCAUGGACAAUGCCGCCAUCGCUGGAGGAUCCGAGGGCAGAAGCUCGAGUCCUGCUGGAGGGCAUUAUUAAAAGCAAGGAUGGGGUAGUGAUCCUCCGCCCUGAGGAGCAGCUGCAGCAUAUUAUCUCUCUCGGCCACGCCCACAUCACCGUCACAGACGACAGCAUCUACUGGGACGGUAGGUGUGAGACAUUCUGGGGGAUUUGUGUGUGAUGGGUAGCUGACAUA